GUCUGUCAAAACCUGUCUCUUCGUUAUCGAUCGUUAAAUUCUCAGCGCGCGUAGUUCGAAUAACAAUUUAAAAUAAAUUGUUGUUAAUUAAAGUAGCAACAAUUCCCGGCAAUUACGCAAAGAUUCGUUCGCGAAGAACGAAAAUCGCGUCUCCCUCCUGCGGUCGGACGCAAGAUCCACGGUGAAAAGGGGCAAGAAACAGCAGCUGUAAAGUCGACUCUGCAUGUGAAUGAACUUUUUACGAAACCGACCGAGCCGUCGACUACAUCAUCAUCAAAAUUUUGAGCACGGGACCCAUGGAGUGAGGCUGUGUACGUUUGUCCAUGUUGUUGUCGUUCGUUGGAGGUAAACACGGUCCGAUUGGCGCAAAUAAUGUUCGAAAUAUGGAGAAGACGUGUUUUGUAAGAUGUGAUCUCGAGCGUUCAGUGGCAGCAGCGGGCGUAGUGGAGGUGAAAUUACCGCAACGAUCCUCGGUUGUGUCAGCUGCAGGUGGAAUGGAAUGAGACAACACGUCCGAAGAAUUUCGGUAUUCGGAUAUGGUGUAUUUGCGCGUGUGGCCGAGGAAUUCCGCAGAAACGCUAUGAGAUGCAUAUAUCAGAAACACGCCAGUCUUCGAACACCAUCUUGACAAAAUGUUCAAAAAUGACAGAAGAAAAGCACAAAAGACAUGGCAUGAAUGGAAAUGCUGAUGGGGCUAUCAAGGAGGAGCCGCUCAAGAACAAUUACGUGCAAGGGGGACGGCUCAAGUUCUUUAAAGAUGGGAAGUUCAUUUUGGAGUUGGAGAGGGCCCGAGAGGGUGAGAGGAUGUCCUGGGUGUCUGUACCCAGGAAGACCUUUUGGCCUCCGCAAGGCACUGCUGCUUCAACGCCUACAUACAGACAGGAGAGUAGUGCUUCACUGAGCGUUUCAGAUGACAACAGUUCCAUCCAAUCAUCUCCGUGGCAGCGCGAUCAUUCCUGGAAGCAGCCGUCUCCGCGCCGCAACCAGUCCAAGGAGUUGUCGUUUUUCUUCUGGCGGCCUAAGCACAAGCGCUCUUCCGCCGCCGCCGCCGCCAAGAGCCGCAAGUCCAGGCGUCCGUACUCCGCCCUGCCCGAGAAGGACAGCCGCGUCGUGUUCAGUGACAGGACAUCAAAAGACGGUGCGUCCACGACCACAAACAAUAACUGUAAAAGUCGAAGUGUCCGUGCUUCCUUGCUCGUCAUCGUGCAGAACCUGUUGGACAGAACGUCGACGGCGGCGGCGACGACGACGGCGGCGGCGUCGCGCGCGGACGUCGCCGUCGUCUCGCCCAGAAAGAGGUUUUUGCGCGAAAUGGAAAAGGACAAAGUGCAAACGGACGACGGGUGCCUGAAGAGGAGCAGGAACAAGACGCCGGCGAAGUUCGGGAGUCCGGUCACCGCGAACGGGACGACGGAGGACGUCGGCGGCGGCGGAGGCGCUGUCAAGCCGGCGCGCAACUGUAGCUACAGCAUCACGUCACUGCUGGCGGAGGAUCGGAAUGUGAAACGGUCGCCGAGUAAUUCCCCUAGUCACUUUAACGCGUCGAUCGCGCAGCCGCAGUACUGCUCGCCUUCGUCGGAGGAUCGCUGGUACUCGGAGAGCGUCGAUCGGUUGCGUUCCAUCGAACUCUCGGCUGAUAAAAGAGGUUACCCUUCGUACCCUCAUCCGUCUUACUUACCACCAUACAUGUACCCGUAUACUCUUCCUCCAUAUUACGGUCCAGGUGUUUAUGGAAGGGGUUACAUAAUGCCACCAAUCUACCACACUCCUCCCAUGCCCAUAGAAAUGAGCCACGAUACUCCUUCCUGUUCUUGGGCUGCGGAUCCCCCUAGGGACUUAGAACACAGAGAUGAUAAUAUCACAGAUAUGCCGUUGAAUCUGUCUAAACACGCCGGUUGAACCGAGCAUGUGCCUUCCAUUUGUUACAACUAUAACAAUAUUUUUAUAUUUAAAUGAUUUUUAUCCCGAAAUAUCGUUCUAUUCAAAAACAAAAGCAACAAAUCCAAACGGCACUCGAAGAAUUUUUCAAUUUUGGUGUUGUUAUUUUGUUGUGUGAUACAUAUUUUGUGGGUAAAUAUUUUGUUGUUUAAAAAAAAGAUAAUACAAAAAGAAAGAAAAAUACAAGUGUGGUUUUUAUGUGUAAUUGAUAGAUUAUAGCUUUAAAGCAUAAACUAUUGUGCAAUGAUAGCUGAACCAGCGAAAAAUGUAAUGAUGGGAGGUGUAUAUUAACUAAAUUUGCUUUCGUUUUAUUUGAAGUUAUAUUUUAAUCUGUUAGUUUAAUUUUUUCUUUUCCCACGAGUGUACAUAAAAGAGUCAUUUUCAUUGUUAUUUUUGUAAAUAUAGUGGCAAUGUUUAAAAUUAUCGUUACGUUGCGAUUUUGUUUCGUACUUGCCUUUACGUUGGAGCUUUCGUUUUUGCUGUAAAUCAUUAUUUUCUAAGUUGUGUAAUAAUCAUUUUUGAAAUAAAAACAAUCGUUUUGGAAACAGAAGGCGAGUUUUCUUUGACGAAAAGUGGAGAAGGUUUAAAUUACUUGCGUCCCAGUUGGAUCGAGGAUUCUAGUUACUAGAUGUCAAAAAAGAUAUUAAGUGGGGGUAUGUAUAAACAGUCGUUUUUAUUUUGUAAAAUGUGUACUCAGAUCGACGGAAAUACUCUUGUAAAUAUUUGGAGUAAAGUCUCUAUAAUCACGAAGAUUUAAUUUAAUAAUAAUCAAACUGACGUCAGAUUUUUUUGUAUUUAUUGUGUUGGUACUUGUAGCCAAAUUUUUGGUCAAACCUUUUGUUUCUAAAACAUUGCUGUUUCUAGGUCAUCCAAAGUUAAGGCAUGUGCGUUUCCCUUUUGUGCUCAUGGAAAGAAAUAUAUAAAAUGUGUUUACUUGAAUUUUUUUGUAAGUUUAAAACUUAAAAAAAGUUCCUUCUUCCUACUUACCUUACCCAAAAAUGAAAAUGUGUAAUAGUUUCUAAGGAACAAGUGUUGUAAAUAACAAUUAUGUGUGACAUUUUACCAUUAAGAUAAGAAAUUUGUAUAAACUAUAUUUUCGUACGAUUUAUUUUUUUUAAGAUUAUGCGUGUAAUCCUUAAAAGACAAUAGAUAAGUCUUUUGUAAAAUAUUUUUUCUGAUUAGGAUUUGACUAAUUAAUGAUCAGGAUAUUUAUAUAGAUCUAUUUCUCUAAUAUAACUAUUAUAUAGAGUUUCAAAUGGUGCCAUUUUCUAUUAACAUAAGAAUCCGAAAACUGUAGGAGCUUUACAGUAUUUAUUAAAUUCUUACUACACAUGAUAUUUAUUUUUUAGUGACACAAAUUGCUGUACCGUAUUCUACUAAAGCCAAAGCAUCUGACGAGUAAUUCAUUUUUUAGCAGGACAGUUUGAAAUUAAUUCAAUAGGUAUUGGCACUUGACCUAAUUGUGAUAAUAUUGGUAAAUAUUAAGCAUUGUAGAAUUACAAGAGUCCAACCCUUGAACUGAAUAUUUAUAUUUAUAUUUCUGCGAGCGAUUGAACUCUGCAAUGUGUAUUGUACAUUGAAAUACAUGAAAUAUUUAAGCCAC